AUGCGACUCUAUCCAGUGAAUAUUGCCGAUGAUUCAAUGAAACGAGAGCAAACUAUUUUGGCUAUCAUUAAUGAAACCACUAGUAGUGAUUAUAAAGUCAAUAUUUGGCCAAAAAUUAUGUCAAUUAGCCGUAUACCAGACUUAGUCGAACAAAUAUUACCUAGCAAUGAACAUGAACGUUUAUUAUUAGCAAUCGAAAAAUUACAAUUUAGAUUCGAGCUUCAGCCUCACCGUUUCCUAAUUCAUCAAUUGGUUCCAGCUUCAACGACAUGUUUUGUAUGUCAUAAUCGAUUAGAAGAACCAAAGUUCGAUGAAAUUAGUAGUAUUAUUACACGUGAUAAUGUUUAUUCUUGUGUCAUGUAUAAAAUUGAUUGUUGUGAUCUUGUUUAUAAAUAUGGUCAUGUACGUAAUCGUCGGACACGAGAACGAUUUGUAACACCUGAUGCAAUUUUCAAUCAAAAAUUUUUACAUUUAUUUGAUCAUAUUGUAUAUGAACGUCGAUUAGUAGUUGCAUUUACAAAUCUUGUUUAUGAAGCCGCAACAAAUUUCCAAUCCUACACGAAUGCAACAAAUUCGGAUAUUGAUCAAAAUCGGAAUUUGAAUGGUGAAUCUGCAAUCAAUAACAAAUUAAACUCCAAGUGUUUUUCAGUGACAUGGACUUGGUUUGAAAUAUGUCGAUAUCUUUUUUUUAUGACAGAUCUAACUAUGGUACAAGUUCCAGAUGUUAUUCAACGCUUGUCCCAUGAUUUAUAUUAUGAAGUAAAUGCACCAUUCUUUUAUGAAUUAUUUGUGAAAUUUUGGUCCCGACACGAUCAAGUACAAGGUUGCAAAUGUCAAUCAAAAGAUCAAUGUAUGCUUAAUUUCGUAUUCGACACACAUAUGAAAGCUCAUCGUUUGGUAUGUGCAUAUACUAGUUCCUGUGAUGAAUCAGUACCCGAGCUUGGUGCUGUAGCUAUUGGCUGCCCUCGUAUGCCCCUUCGAUCUUCGUCAGUGAUCUUGAAAAAUAUGACUGAUGCAGAAAAAGAUAAAUGCAAACAAUACUGUGAGCACCACUAUAAAUAUGCUCUGAAUCUGAAUAUACUACAAAAUCCGAAUAUUCAGAAAGCUAUUGAACUUGAUCAAAUUGCCGAAGACUUUUAUGAUAAUGAUAUAUGCACAGUCCAUCGUGAUAAUGAUGAUAGGGAACAUAAACGACGAACAGCAGGAUUCAUGGCUGUUGUUUCAAAUUGUAAUGUUAUCAUUGGAUGGGGCGAAAGCGUGCGCUCCGAAGGUAUGCGUCGAUGGAUAUAUCAACUACUCAAAAUGCUUCAUUUACAAGGAAAGCUACCACCUGCUGCAGCCUAUGAUUCAGCUUGUACUUUCGUUGCAUAUUUGAAAAGCCAAUAUGAUAAUCCUUAUCUAGCAAAAAAAUCCAAUAUUCAACCUCCAAUAAAUAUUCUAUAUCCAUGGACUCAAGUAAUGGUGUCUAGCGUUGGUGCAUUAUCAGAGGAUGAAGCAGAACAACAAUCAGAUGAAGAGAAUCAAGAUAAUGCUGACAACAACACUUAA